AUGAAGGCGAUGGUUACACUAAGAUCCAUGGAGUUGAAGUCCAAAGAUGGUGAGAAAAUGUUGAAGAAAACCAGCCUUAUGAAAAGAGAACUGGAUGGUGUCGACGACUGUGAUCUCGGGCUAUAUAAUGCUUCUAUAAGGCAAGAAUCUGCAAGCUUCAAGCGAAGGAAAUCUGAAAUGCUAAUGUGUCAACCAACUGUUUCAUCAAUUAAGUUAACAAUUAAUGGAAAUAACUUUGUCGCAGAGGGAAAAGUUGAUGGAAGCAUUUAUUCCCCACAACCCAUAAAUGUUUCUUGUCCAAGGUCACUUGGUGAACUUGAUGCAGCUGCAACCAAGCUCCAGAAAUUUUACAAGAGUUAUCGAACUCGAAGGAACCUUGCUGAUUGUGCUGUUGUUCUUGAGGAGCUGUGGUGGAAGGCACUGGACUUUGCUGCACUUAGGCACAGUUCGUUGACAUUCUUCGAUGCUGAUAAAUCGGAAACUGCAGUUUCCCGGUGGGCACGAGCAGGAACUAGGGCUGCUAAGGUAGGGAAGGGUUUGUUGAAGGAUAAAAUGGCCCAGAAGUUGGCUCUAAGGCACUGGCUUGAAGCUAUUGAUCCCCGCCAUCGUUAUGGUCACAAUCUGCAUUUGUAUUAUCGAGUCUGGUUUGGCAGUGAGAGUUCUCAACCUUUCUUCUACUGGUUGGAUGUUGGAGAUGGCAAAGAAGUAAAUCUUGAGAAGUGCCAACGGAGCAAUCUACAGCGCGAGUGCAUCAAGUAUCUUGGACCAAAAGAGAGGGAGACAUACGAAGUGAAUGUGGAGAAUGGGAAACUUGUUUACAAGCAAAGUAGGGAUUUGGUGGACAGCAGUGAGGGAUCAAAGUGGAUAUUUGUGUUGAGUACAUCAAGGAAAUUGUACGUUGGAGAAAAGAAAAAGGGCGAGUUUCAGCAUUCAAGUUUCCUAGCUGGGGGUGCUACCAUUUCAUCUGGGAGAUUAGUUGCUCAUAGUGGGGUCCUUAAGGCCAUAUGGCCUAACAGUGGUCAUUACCGCCCAACACAGGAGAAUUUCAUGGAAUUAUGCAGAUUCUUAGAAGAGAAAGAUGUAGAGUUAACAAAUGUUUUGAAAACACCCAUUGAUGAUGAUAUUCCUCCUGUAGAAAUGAAUAAGGAGGUAAAAUCAGGACGUGAAUCUGCUAAAAUGGUUAACACCCCAGAGGAUGGCAGGAGUAGAAGGAAAUGGUGUAGUGGGGCAGGUGCCAGGAUCAAUUGUGUGAGAGAGUACCCAGAAGAGCUGCAGUUUAAGGCUCUUGAACAGGUCAAUCUCUCACCAAGGUCUGGUCCAAUUCCUUUUCCAAGACCUAAUCAACAAAUCCUCUCCCCAAGAAUUGCAUCUAUGGGGAUGCAUGCUAAUUAUGCCUAA